AUGCCUAUCACUUGUGAAGCUUGCAAAGAAAACAUAAAUGUAACGCAAAAGCGAAUUAAAUGCACGAUCUGCUUUUCUACCUAUCAUUCGGAAUGUGUAAAAUAUGGAGAGAACUCGGCUAUCCGAGCUAGUUGGAAAUGUCCUAAUUGUAUAGUAUCUCAAUGCAAAAGCCACAACACUAACACGCCUCUUCCACCAGAGAAAAAACAACAGAUUAAAAAUCAACGAAUUAAUGAUACCCAUACGAUUGCAUCUCAGUCUACACAGGACAUUACACCAUCAAACACAUUAAAUUGCUCAAAUCUCAUUCGGUCACUUGAAGAAAUGCUGGACAACAAAUUAAAGAUUGUAAAAGAAGAACUUAUCGAACAACUAAAGGCAACUAUUUUUCUGGAACUUAAAAAUGAAAUAUUAGCACUUACCAGUUAUACUUCUCAGCUUCAAGAAUCUUACAAUAAUAUACAAUUAGAAAAUGACAAUAUAAAGAAAGACUUAGAGUUGCUUCAAAACCGCGUCAGUACAGCAGAAACUCAAGUACUGGAACUCCGUUCCCAAAUAGGAAAACAACAACAAAUUGCUAGACUAAAUAAUCUAGAGGUGUUAGGAUUACCACAGAUUAGUAACGAAUGUCCAACUGACUUAAUAAUUAAAAUUGCCAAACAUGCAGGCGUAAACCUCGAAGAAAAAGACAUUGAAUUUGCACACCGUGUCCAACCCUUCACAAAAGUGCAGGGAAGACCAAAACCAAUAGUAACUAAAUUAAAAGACCGCAAGCACAAAGAUGCAAUAUUAUCUGGUUUACGAAGACAGAAGGGUGUAAACACUUCGGAUAUUGGUUUAGGAGGAAAAGACAAACGGAUAUAUGUGAAUGAACACCUAACACCGGAAAACAAGUUGCUAUUUAAGAGAGCUAAAGUUAUAGCUAAACAAAAUGCUUUUAAAUUCGUAUGGGUUAGAAACUGCAAUAUUUUUUUAAGGAAAAACGAGGAGUCGCCAGUCAUAUACAUCAAUUGCGACAAAGAUUUAAGCAAAAUUACU